AUGACAAGGAGAAAAAGGAAGUCAGCAAAGGAGAUAAUUAAAAUUGGGAGCAGUGAUGAUGAAGAUAAGGAAAGAAUGCAUGAUCAUGAGGUUAAUGAACAGAAGAGCCAAGAAGAGAAAAUAGAAGAGAAAAAAGGGAAGGAAAAAGACAGUUACCAAGAGCCAUUUAGAGAAAUUUUCAAUCAAGUAACUAUUACUCCUGGAGCAUCCUCACAAAUUCCUGAGUAUGACAAGAGAAUCAAGUAUUAUCUGGGAGAGGUGAUUGAUCUUGAUGAUGAAGGCGAUCAGGGCUGGUUGGUUACGCCUAGAAAGAAGGACGAUCCGCAAAAAUUGAAGGAUCCAGGGACUUUGGCGCUUCCUUGUGUUAUCAAUGACGUGGACAUAGGGAGAGCCAUAAUUGAUUCCGGAGCAAGUGUUAAUUUGAUGACUUUUAGUGCUUUCAAAAGGAUUGGAGGGCUAAAAUUAAAACCAGCAAACACUACCCUAACGAUUGCGGAUGGAUCUAUUAAGAAGCCAAUCGUUGUGGAAAUAGCCAAUGAGGGAAGAAUUCCGAUAAUAUUGGGAAGACCUUUCAUGAGGACUUCUAAGAUGGUCAUACCUAUCCAUGAGGGAGGAAUAAAGCUAAGAGAUCAUGACCAAGUAAUGUUAAUUUAUGNCUCUGAGGAAACCAAGAUGAGAGCGAUAAGAAGAGCCAAAUACAAAAGGGCCAGAAGAGAAGCUGCAAAAGAAGAAAACAUCACAGGUAUUGAAUAUCGUAACAAUUGA